AUGUCACGAUGGAACCUCACUGGAUCCAUGUCCUGUCUGAUGCCUGCAGGCUGGCCUUGAUUUGGAAACAUGGGGGUGUUUAUAUGGACACUGAUUUCAUAUCAGUGUCACCAAUUCCGGAUGUGAAUUUUGUGGCAGCUCAGUCCUCCACGGAAUCUAGCAAUGGUGUUUUUGGAUUCCAACUCCAGCACUAUUUUCCCUGGAACAGCAUGGAAAACUUUGUGGAGAACUAUAAUGGAGCAGUGUGGGGACACCAAGGACCACAGCUGUUUACAAGGGUUCUUGAGCGACAGUGUGACUUACCUACUUUUAGAGCGCUGGAAGAUCUUAUGUGUGGAAACAUCUCUUUUUUGAAUCCUCAGCACUUUUAUCCCAUCCCAUACCCAUCUUGGAAGCAAUAUUACCAAGUUUGGGAAAAGCUGCCAAAUUUCAACAACUCCUACUCUUUGCAUUUAUGGAAUUACAUGAAUAAGGAAAAUAAGACUGUUGUACCUGGGACUAACACUUUAGCAACCCAUCUUUAUCAACAGCACUGUCCCUAUACCUAUGAUGAACUUAGGAAAAAUCAGGCAAAUCACACAAGAAAGUCUACACCACUAAGAAACUGAUUUAGCAAUUGUUUUUAUUUGUUAUUAGCGGACAAUGGGGCAAUUACACUGAAACUGAAUUUGUUCAACUUCUCAAAGCAGUUAAACACAUUUAGACAAUUGACACAUUUAUCAGCUUUGACAAGCAUAUCAAUUCAAUAACAUGGUAUUGUUAAAAAAAAGGUUGAAGUGCUGAAAUCCGUGAUACUGACACUAAAAACUACUCUUCAAUAUAUGAAUGUACAUUAAAAGUUAAUUAUAGGUCACAUUGAUCGUCUUUAACUGAUAGGGCUGCUUUUGUAAGUAAUUAUUACUUGAAGUUCCUAAACCUGAGUGUUUUGCCAACCUAACUGUCCCUUUCCAACCUGUCGGUUACAGCUUCUAAUGCUAAUGGACUCCUGCUGCACAAAUAUGGCCGCCCCCUUUUAGAGAAAAAUGGGGUGAUCAGAUAGGCAAUGUAAAAACAUUGGGCGGAAUUAUAAAUCGACAAUAUUAUGAAAGACGCAAAAUUUAUAAAUUUGCCAUAUGAGAAACUCUAUGCAACAAGGGUUGCUAUAUGAGAGUCACUAUGAAGAAAAUUUGAUGGUUAAUAUUAAUCAACAUGCUUUAUAUAAUAUAAAUAAUAAAACAUUAAUUAUGAUGCUUUAUAUAAUAUGAACUUGCUCUAAAAAAAUGACAUUUGCACCUUUUAAGUUUGGUUUAAAAGGCAAAACAAUAUACAGUAUAAACACAUAUAUUAGAUAAAGGCCACAAUAUCCAGUCUCAGGUUAUGGAGCAUGUAGGGUUGCCAGUUGGCCAGUAUUUCACCGGCUUAGCCAUUAAAAUACCAACCAAGGCCAGGACCAGUAUUACAAAUAUACCGGCAAUGUACUUGCUGGUAAUUUUACUAACUAGUCCUACAUCCCCAGCAUGACUCUGAUCCACUCUAAAUUCCCCUCCAAGCUUCCCAUGUUUACUCACAAAAUUCCCUUCCAAUAAGGAUGCUGAUGUCAUGGCUCUGCCCUAUUUUCAUCAAUGCUCUGCUCCGCCAUGGCAUGCAAUGUAGAUGCCAAAAGGUGUAUGAUGGUUGAUUUAGACUUAUUGCUAAUUUCACACACUUUGCUUGCAUAGUA